AUGCCAAUUUCUCAAUUGUGGCGUUUUUUACCUGCCUUCAAAAUCAAUGGUCGAAUCCUGUAUUUUACCGGAGCGCAGCCUCUUAUCUGUCUAUGUUGGCGCUUUCUUUCUUUUUCGGUAUUCCAACUUUCUUUAUUCAUCAGAUGUUUCUUUCUAUCGAACUCAAAUGGUUCUAUCUAUCUAUCUAUCUAUCUAUCUAUCUAUCUACGGUGGUUUGUUGUUUCUUUCUCAACUAGUUCUAUCUAUCUAUCUAUCUAUCUAUCUAUCUAUCUAUCUAUCUAUCUAUCUAUUUCUUUCUCAACUGGUUGUUUCUUCUUCUAUCUAUCUCUAUCUAUCUGGUGGUUUGUUGUUUCUUUCUCAUCUGGUUCUAUCUAUCUAUCUAUCUAUCUAUCUACGGUGGUUUGUUGUUUCUUUCUCAACUGGUUGUAUCUAUCUAUCUAUCUAUCUAUCUAUCUAUCUAUCUAUCUAUCUAUCUAUCUACGGUGGUUUGUUGUUUCUUUCUCAACUGGUUGUAUCUAUCUAUCUAUCUAUCUAUCUAUCUAUCUGAUUUGUUGUUUCUUUCUCUACUGGUGGUUUGUUGUAUCUAUCUAUCUAUCUAUCUAUCUAUCUAUCUAUCUAUCUACGGUGGUUUGUUGUUUCUUUCUCAACUGGUUGUAUCUAUCUAUCUAUCUAUCUAUCUAUCUAUCUAUCUACGGUGGUUUGUUGUUUCUUUCUCAACUGGUUCUAUCUAUUUAUCUAUCUACGGUGGUUUGUUGUUUCUUUCUCAACUGGUUCUAUCUAUCUAUCUAUCUACCUAUCUAUCUAUCUAUCUACGGUGGUUUGUUGUUUCUUCCUCAACUGGUUCUAUCUAUCUAUCUAUCUAUCUAUCUAUCUAUCUACAGUGGUUUAUGGUUUCUUUCUCAAGUGGAUAUUCUUUUCAUAUCAGAUGGUUCUUUGUUUCGAACGUAG